UAUGAUAAUACUGAGACCUGCCAUUGUUCAGGAGAUGUUUGCACAAUGUCACCAAAAGCUGUGCUAUCUGGGGGUAUAAAGGAUUUUAGCACUUGUAGCUUGGAUGACUUUAAAUAUUUUGCUGCACAUUCUGGCCUUGAAUGUCUUCAUAAAAUUCUUCCUGAUGAGCCAGUUUACAAACAGAGGAAGAUGUGUGGCAAUGGAAAGUUGGAAUCGGGUGAAGAAUGUGAUUGUGGCACUUUACAGAAUUGUACACAUCCAGACUGCUGUGAUCCUAGAACAUGUACAAAGAAAAAAAAUAAAAUAUGUGGUUCGGGGGAAUGCUGCACACGAGACUGCAAGAUAAAACCAGUUAAUACACCUUGUAGGCAACCAGUUGAUGAAUGUGAUUUUCUAGAAUUCUGUGAUGGGAAUAACGCACACUGUGUGCCUGACACUUACGCACGUGAUGGACAGAGUUGUGAUUCGGGCGACUCCUUCUGUUAUGAAGGACGAUGUCGGUCGUUUACCAGACAGUGCAGAAAAUUAAUUGGAGGAGCAUCUAGAGGUGCUCCAUUUGCCUGUUUUGAUGAAAUAAAUUCAAGAGGAGAUAAAUUUGGAAACUGUGGCCGAAACUAUUGUAAUUACCCCAAUAUGUUAUGUGGAAAAUUAGUUUGUACCUGGCCUCACAAAGCUUUAGUAACACGCACAAAUUUAUCUGUGAUUUAUACACAUGUACGAGAUGACAUGUGUACAUCAACAUUUCUAAACACAGAGAAGACACCUAGAGAUACACUGACCACAGUUGAAAAACCUGAAGACAGAGAUCAAACAUUUGUAGAAGAUGGCACUAUGUGUGGUCCUGAAAUGUAUUGUCUGAGAUUUAACUGUGUAGAGCUUAAAUACCAUGUCAAUUUUCAGAGCUGCAAUCCUACCAGAGAUUGUAAUUCAAGUGGAGUCUGCAACAAUUUUAACAAUUGUCAUUGUAAAAUGGGGUUUGCUCCUCCUCAUUGCAAGCCGAUGGCAGGAGAUUUUGGAAGUAUUGAUGAUGGACACAGGGGCAAAGUUGGUAAAAAGCUUUUGCCGGAGAGAUCUCACAGUCAUCCAAAACACAGAUUUCAACUCAUUUUCUACAUUUCUCUACCUGUGUUCAUCAUUACUAUUGCUGUUAUAAUAAGGCAGAGUAAAAUAAGGGAGCUAUGCUACAGAGGAGAACCUGAAAGUGAGAGAUCUGUGUCGGAAGAAAGCAGCAGUAACAGCGAGUUGUCACUCAGUGUAAGUAACAGUCUCUAACAAUCUUGGCCUGAAGAGAGGAUGGUACCAAAUAAAUCGCCAGAAACUGGCCUAAACCGAGAAGGAA